UCAGCAGAGCUGAGUGAAUCAACCAAGAAUUGAUGCAAACACUUGAUUAGGCAGAAGAGAUGAUUGCCGUGUGGAAAAUGUGUGCCUACACCGGCUAUGGAAGAUGGAAAAGGAUCGGUCACUUGAGUGGGGUGCAGAGAUGGGUCAUAUAAAGUACAAGGGACAGUACAACAGAUUUGAGAAGCCCCACAAUCAUUCUAUGGCCAUGGCUAAGUGAGAGACAGAGGGAUCUGUAAACUGCUGAUCAAGUCUCCCUGUAUUUGAUUUUGCAUACAAGAAAUCAUCUCUGAACUUCUCUUACAACCUGGAAGUCUAAUCUCCAAUUUAGGGAGUUUUUGGUAUGCCCUAACUCCAUAUACAUUGUUGGUGGGAGUGGAAUAUAUCCCCACCCUAGAACUGGUGUGCUGACUUUUGGUCAAGUGGCCGACCACUUAAACUCGCUCCUUAAGCAGGAUUCAACCCAAUCUCCACAUUUCGCCCAAUCUCCAAUCUAAGGAACUCCUAUGACACCCUAACUCCAAAAUAUUAUUGGUGGGAGUCUAACAUCAUUUGAUGCUGAAAUGUUGACUUUAAGUCAAGUGAUCGAUCACUCGAGCUAGCCUGCAAAAAGGGUACCGUACCAAAGCAAAGCCUUUUCCACCCUAUAAAGAGGCCUCUCUCCUUCAAUUUCCACUCACCCCAAACCAUUUAAUUUCCCCAUCCUUCAAAUUAAACCUAGCUUGUGUCUCUGCAGGGCAACACCAAACCAAACCAUUUAAUUUCCCCAUCCUUCAAAUUAAACCUAGCUUGUGUCUCUGCAGGGCAACACCAAACCAAACCAAGCCAUGCAGCCCACUGAGAGCACAGAACUCCACUACCUACUUGCUCCAAACCAAAAUCAACUCCCUACUCGUUCUAAUUUGAGCAACAACCCCAAUUCUCCAUUCCAGCACUUCCCCCUCACACUUCCCAACCCUUCAUACCAUCCUCUCCUCCAAAUGAACCCCCAAUUUCAAGACCUCAUCAUCUCCCACCCGGCAUGCAAUUUCAGCAGCAACUCAACCUCUGACGAAGCCGAGGAGCAUCAUCAGCAACAGAGCCUGAUAAACGAGAGGAAACAAAGACGAAUGAUAUCGAACCGGGAGUCCGCGAGGCGGUCCCGAAUGCGCAAGCAGAGGCAAGUGGAUGAGCUUUGGUCCCAAGUGGUUUGGCUCCGGAACGAAAACCACCAGCUCUCGGACAAGCUAAGCCACGCCACGGAACGCCAUGAUCAGGCGGUUCAAGAGAACGUUCAGCUCAAAGAAGAAGCCACUGGGCUUCGCCAAAUGAUCACAGAGAUUCAGCUUCACUCCCCUUUCCCUGCUGCAGGCUGCACCUUAAAAGACAUUCAUAUUUAAUUUAGCUUUGUUUGCUGUGGCUUAUCUUCAAACUUAAAACUCUCUAUAAGUAACUCAGCACGCACAUUGCACAUUCUACAUUUAUAUAUGUUUCUGCAAAAACCCAUGAUUUCAGUUUCCUCUGAUCUCUCUCUUUUGUUGCUGGUCCUGCAUGUCCUAGCUGGUAGCUGCACGUACAAUAAUAAUGUUCAUGUUCGAUUUUUGUGUAAGUUGUCUAUUUGUCUUCUUAGUUUAGCUAAUCAACUAUAGAUAACUUAGAUUAGUUUACCUUCUAUUCGUGUAGUCCUUUGUCCGUUUAUUGUACCUUCCAAUAAGACUUGUAGGCUUUUCUAUAUCUAAAUCACUAAAAUAAUAAAGAUUUUGUAUUGUCCU